AUGAGUAACGCACAACAAAAAGAGAAAAUCAGUAGGGUUAUUCAUGUUAAUGCUCAACAAACAGGAACCUAUAGACCGGUAAUAACGUUAUAUUCAACUACAACAAUUCUUCCUAGUGAAACAGCAACAGUACAAAGUACACCAUACUCAACACCCACAAGUGUAUCAUCAAAUCAGCUGGAUGGAGCAUCUAGAAUUGGAAUUAUUUGCGCAGCAGCAUUAGGAAUAUUUAUUCUUUUUAUCAUAUCAGUGAUUACUGUCAGAUACAUACGACGUCACCGACGGCGUGAUCGUCGUCGAUAUGGGACGAACAGCUCAAAAGUAGAUGUAAGUGAAUUUCCAGAAGAAGAAAAUCCUACAGGUCACGGAGAUCCACGGAAGAGUAUAAGCACUGGACCAGCAUCAAUAUAUAGUCAAAUGCAAUCAGGACAAAUAUAUUCUAGACCAAUAAAUGAUCCAAUACAACCAGUACCAAUAUAUAACCAAAUGCAACCAGCACCAAUAUAUAAUCAAAUGCAACCAGCACCAACUUAUAAUCAAAUGCAACCAGCACCAACUUAUAAUCAAAUGCAACCAGCACCAACUUAUAAUCAAAUGCAGCCAGUACCAAUCUAUAAUCAAAUGCAACAAAGAGUAGGAUUAGAACCAAUAUAUAGUCAAAUGCAACCACAAUAUUAUGAAGAUAAUAUACUGAGGAUUACAAGUGAAGAAGAUGGUCGAAAAGAGGGAUCAAAGAGUUAUGACCUAGCCGAAGAGGACAUCUUAAGAGUGCCUAGUGAAAAGGAAAUAAGGGAAUCAAAGCGAUUAGAAACCUCGAGAACGAGUUCAGGAAAAGAAAAUUCGGGAGAGUCGCGUCAAUCUUAUCAGACUUUGACGUUUCCCGGAAAUACAGAAAUUAAUACCAAUCUUAAGGAUAUGCAAUAA